AUGUCCAUUUCUGGAACUCUUAGCAAUUAUUAUGUCGACUCCAUUAUAAGUCAUGACAGCGAAGACUCUCCCGCCGCCAAAUUCUCUUCCGGGCAAUAUUCAAACUCCAGGCAAACUAGCCACAGUGAACACCUCGAAUUCCCCUCUUGUAGUUUCCAGCCCAAAUCCUCCGUUUUCAGCGCUUCCUGGACGCCUCUGACGCCACACACGGCUGCUACCCUUCCUUCGGUCUACCAUCCCUACAUCCAGCAUCAAAACAUCCCUACCUCCGAUAGCAGGUAUCUACGGAGCUGGCUGGACCCCGUGCCCAGAACAGAAAACAUAGCAGCCGGGCAGGGACCAGUUAAAACAGAACCGCUGCUGGGACACCCCGGGGAGAUCCGUAAACAGGGGACACAGGAGUACCAUUUAGAAACUUCUGCUGGAAGGGAAGGGAUCGCUUCCAAUCAAAGGCCCAGCUUCGAGGACAAUAAAGUUUGUGAAGGAAGCGAGGACAAAAGCAGGCCAGAUCAAACCCCGGGAUUGAAGAUAGAUAAAAAUCUUGUCCAAGAAAACUGCUCGGUUCCAGAGGGCCAGGCUGCCCACGGGCGUCCUGUGCAAUCUAGCUUAGAAGGUAACCCUGCAGCCAAUUGGUUGCACGCUCGCUCUUCCAGGAAGAAACGAUGCCCCUACACGAAGUACCAGACCUUGGAACUGGAGAAAGAGUUUCUGUUCAAUAUGUACCUCACCAGGGACCGUAGACACGAAGUGGCCAGGCUCCUCAACCUGAGCGAAAGACAAGUCAAAAUCUGGUUUCAAAAUCGGAGGAUGAAGAUGAAGAAAAUGAACAAGGAGCAAGGGAAAGAAUGAUGGCUUUCCUGACCCUUCCCCCUCCCUCUUCUCUUCCCCAAUUUCGGCCCCCUCUCGAAACUUCUAUGCUGUAUUUAUGGGCAGUGACUCCCCAGCGGUGCUUGAGAUGACGACAAAACCACGCCAGAGCAGAAACAGAGCAGCGUGGUUUGCAUGCACGGAGCACAUAAUAUGAACGCGCACCUGUUUCAUUGCGUUGGGUCUUUCUCAUUGUUAAAGAUUAUUGACGAGGUAACUCUAAUAUGGGACACAUUUUCUUGUCUUUUCUUUGGGGGGUGUAUUACCAAUACCGAGCUAACUGACAUUGGUCCCUUCUAUACACAUAAGUAGUUCUCUUGGAUGGCCCUUAUAGAGCCCCUCAACCAGUCCUUCCAAUUAAAAUAAAUAAAUAAAUAAACCUGACAAGAGAUCUGGCCCUAAACAAAGGCCAUCUUUCACCUGGACGUUCUUCUGAGCAAGCAGCUUUGAAAUGAGAACACGGUAGGAAUGUCAAAGAUGGGAACCAUUCAAGUCCCCAACUUUUCUGGGACUUCGCCUCCAUUUCUUGAGGGUCAGAGGAAGUCCCAGUGCACAUGUAAUCCCUAACCCUACCGCACUCAACCCCGCUUCCUUAAAAUAAAUUCACUUGGGGGCAGAUGAGUGGCUUUUCUAAGUGAAGAUUAUUGAUAGGGGGAUGUCACUCUCACAGACAAAGCCCACCUCCUGAUCAGUUUUGGCAGCAUGCGAGAAGCCAACCUGAGACCAACCGGGCGCAACGCUUGGAGCGACCUCUCCUUCCUUUCAAUGGGCUUGCGCAGGAGAACUUCCCUCCUGCUGGUUGUGCUUCUACUCUCCCACCAAGUUUGGUUCCAGCUUUUAAGGGACAAGAGGUGGGCCAGCGGGCAAAAACGUUGUAGUCGUGGUGGAGGGGCUCACUCUAGCCUUGCAAAAGUGAGGAGAAGGCUGUUCUCAAUGCCCGGCUAUUUAUAAUUUGAUUGUGACAGUGACUAUUCCGGAAACCGUUCAGGGGCCAAGUAUGGUAUGGGGUCUCUGGAUCGUUUUCUUUUCUUCCCAUCCACUCACCCCGUUCUCCUUCACCCAGGUUUCUGCUGAGAAAUCUUAAUACUUGAAUGUUUCUAAGGGAUGUUCCCCCCCCCACAUCCCAUUGCUCCUGGAGAACAUGGAUCCAUCUUUCAUGUUCACAUGAAAGCGAACUUUGAGUGGCAUAAAAGGAUUGUGGUGGCUUUGGGGCUGGGAACUACCCCACAGUUGUACAUCCUCACCCUUUAUAACAAAAGAAAAAGAGGAAAAAAAACCCUUUCAUACUCGGAAGAAGGGGCUUCUCCCCUCGGAAAGCUCUGCUGGAGUCCUACCCCACUCCUUUUAAAGUCACCCUACAUGGGGUUCUGUUUCCCAUAUGACUGUUUAAAAUAGUUUUCUCCCUAGCCUCCUCCCCCAACCCCUGUUUGGUGGGACUUGGGGAAGAGGAAAUAGGUAGGUAAGUAAUUUUAGUACAAGGUGAUUUUUAUGAUGCGUGUACGGAUUUUUGUUUACUUGUUUUUACAGGGGGAAAUGUGUUCAUAGUUGUGCUUUGGUGAAUGUUCCGCUUGUUUUCUGUGGCUUUUUAGGAAUGUAAAAUGGGGUCUGUACCUGUUAGUUCCAGAACUGGCGAGAAAUACACAUAUGGAAACACACUCUCCCUCUCCCAUGCCUUUGCAUACCUUCAUUCUGAGCUACCACUUCUCGAAAUAAUACCGUUAUGUGGUGAAAGUUUUCAUAACAAAAAUAAGAGGGUGGAAAACAGAGAGGAGAGAGAGAGAGAAGAAAUUGAUGUCUAUGUUUCAGGAGCUUUCUAGAUAAAACAGUCCCAGCAGAGAAAUCUAAUUUCAUAGACCGUUAUAUAAGAUUUUUAUACCAUUUUGCCUGCUGAUAAGCGGUUGUUCUUUAGAGAUUUGAUAGGCAUAUUUUGAUCUUUCCACAUGGAGUUGCCUGGUUUUGCAAGAUUUUCUGAAGACGGGAAGCAAAUAAUUCUUGUAGGGUUUAGUUCAGAGUAAGAUAAAAUAAAAAUAAAAAUCUGCAUUUUUAAAAUAAGAGUUUAGGGUCUUUUUCUAUCACUUUACUCAAACCCCCUUGGAACGAUCGCGCCCUAAAUAAGUUAUUUGGGGGGGGGGUGAAGGAGUAAUCUUCUAUAAAGCAAGCGAUAAGAAAACUUCUUUUUAUAAAGAUUUAACGUUAGAGGGUUUCAGCGGCUUCAAUAAGUCAAACUUCACCUUGUCUUACAAAACCAAUUCCCUAAUGGAAUUUCCAAGGAAGCGUCCCCAUCCCCCCCAGUAAGUAUAAAAUUCGGAGAUGUGGUUUUGUUUUGUUUUAGAUGUAUUAUCAUCAUUAGAGUGUCUAUUGCACCAGCUGGGGUUUGGUAGAGUUCUGUGGUUUGUCUGUAGUUUUUUUACUUGCCGGUGCACCAAAAGAAUCUCAAACCCGACUGGACACAGAGAGCAUCUUUGAAAAUCGCCCUGAACCCUCUUCCAGCGCUAACAUCAACAUUUUGUAAAGAAAACCCUCUUCAUAAAUGUAUUCGUGUAUGCACUCAUUUUAGCUAUAGACUCAUCCCUAGACCUUAUUAGUGAAGACAGGAGAUUCUUUUUUAAAAUGGCAUUUUUGCUAAAGCAUGGAUUAAUUAAAAUAAAUAAAAUAAAACUAGCUGAUUUCGUUAGAGGAAAUUCUGUCUUACGAAAGAGAAAACAAUGUUGGACAACUUUCUGUUGUUUCCUCUGUUCCAUUGGGUCAAAAUGUAUUUUCCACGGUUGUUUAAUGCCUCAAAAUAAAAAUCGAUAUUAGGGAAGGGGGACCCCCUACCUAUAUCUUGUCAUGUUAUACAGCUUCUUCUAGAACUUCGGCGAUAUUUGCAAUCGUGUUUGCUUUUUCUUUACCGGCUGCUUAGGGUGUAUUAUCACGAUCGUUUUGCAUUGUUUUGUUUUCGUUUGGUCAGUGGCUCCCUUUUUUCACGUCAUUUUGAAAGCUUAUAAUAAUUCUUUUUCAGUGUAUUUCUGUUUCCUUCCGUGUUAAAUUGCCUUCAUCGCUUAACUUUCAUCUCU